AUGAGCGUCACUGUUCUUGCCCCUACCCCUGCCCUCCCCCCAGUCAGAAAGGGAUCCAUGUGGGGAAAGAUGUUCGGCAACUUCAAGAUGGGCAGCGAGGUUGUCCCUAUGGAGGACUCUGGCAUGCUUAGCCCUACCCUGCCUGCCGAGAAGAUCAGAAUGACCUCAGUCUCAACUGGCAUUGAACAGAAGAGACCCGCCUACAACCGCAAGGCAUCAGCCGUUGCCAACCCUGACACUGACGCUGGUGUUCCUGCUGUUCCUGCCAUCGACCGCAAGUUCUCUCAGUUCUCCAUGUUCAGCAGCCACAACCCCGAUUCGGAGUCGGUUGGUAGCCUUUCACCUACCGCUUCCCCCACCGCCUCUCGCCGUCCUAGCUACGUUCCUCGUAACGCUGCUUCCAGCUUCCUUCGCACUACCACUCCUCUCAGCGCUGAGGAGAAGGCUGAGGUGUGCCGUAGAGAGAGCAUUGCCGAGCAGCUCCCUGCUCCCACCGUUUCUUUCAGAACCAAGUCUGUUUCUUCCCCCAAGGCUAACAAGCCCGCUCCUCUCAUCCUCACCACUCCCGCCGCUCACGGCCUGCACAGCAUGGAGGGUGUUUGCGAAAUCGACGACGACUCUUCCAGCUUGAUCUCUCCUCGCGGUGGUACUUUCUCUUAUGCCUCUGCUGCUCCUUCGCCCGCAGACACCAUCAUGGAAGAUCCUAUUGAGGCCCAGGUCGACUCUGCCAAAGCCAGCCCCGAGCUCACCCCUAUGAAGAACGAAACCACAGUCGUUGCAGUUGAAUUGACAUGCUAA